CAGAGGCUGGUUUUUACACUGAGAGGCUCCUCUGGGUGCACAAAGACAGCGGCUCGCAGAGGAACUUGUUCAGAGUGAACCGGGGACGCUGGGAGGCGAAAUAAACAAUCUCCGGACUCGAAGUAGCUACGAACGCGUAGUUUUACCCUCUCAAACACUCAAUUACACCACCCAUCCAACCUAGACAAGAUUUCCGGAGGUUGCUGGCAGUGACCCUGUGGUGCAGGAGGCCCCUCUCGGCGCCAUGGUGAAGGUCCAGAGGUCGACGAGGAGGAAGAGCUCCCACUGUCUCCGCAGACUGGAGAAUGUCGCUGAGACGGAGACGGAGGAAGGCCAGACCCAGCCAGACCCGCCGCGGCCACCACAGGAGCCCAAAGGAGGAGACCAGCCCUCCGAACCAGCCCCGCUCCAGACCCCCGCUCCAGAGGAGGCUCCGUCGGAGGGCUCGGACCAGAAGGAGCCACCGGGAGACGAGGAGGAAACGGGCGACUCAGCGUCCCAGCUCCAAGCCAAGCCUCUGUGGAAGCCCAUCCCCCCUCUGCUGCCCGAGUCCAACAUGAGUGAGAACGGAAGGACCAGGGACCAGAUCUGCCAGACUGACGGCAGCGAGGGUCACAACUCAGGCCUGUGUGCGGAGCCCGGAGAUCCUCCUCUGCUCCAGCAGCCUCUGCAGACCUCCAAGUCAGGGAUCCAGCAGAUAAUUGAAUGCUUCCGUUCAGGCACGAGCCAGCUGAGACACAUGCUGCUGAGGGAGGUGGACACCAUCUUUGAGUGUAAACUGUGUCGCAGUCUGUUCAGAGGCCUGCCCAACCUCAUCACACACAAAGAGUACUACUGCCUGUCACGGAUGCCCGAGCCCGACGGUCCGUCGGGUGAUGACAAGCAGAGUGUGGCCAUGAAGGAAUUAUUGGACGUCAUUUACCCCCGAGCUCCAGACUACGUGGUCCGACUGGAGCCCAUUCAGACCAGCAACAAGGCCGUGUUCCAGUACCUCACCACCGAGGAGGAGCUGGCUAGAUUUCCAUCGCAGACACCCAGUGCUAGAGAGAGUCCGGUAGCGUGGGAGGGAGAGCAGGGGGAGGGAGCCGACAACAGCCAGGCGAGCCAGCCGGAGAGCCACAGCAGCCCGGGACACACUCAGGAUAAGAAGAAGUGGGAGGGGGAGGAGGAGGCCAAAGAAGAGCCGCCACCACCCGAAGACGAGGGCUCCACCAGCGGGGUGGACGAUGUGACCAUCUCCUGCUGCCUGUGCGGUCAGGACUUCAACUCGCGCCGCAGCAUCCGGCGUCACUGUCGCAAAAUGCACCAGAGCAAACUGGACGAGCUCCGGAAGUUCACCGAGACACGGACUGUUCCCACCAGCCUGCUCUCCAUGGUGAAAGGUCGGCCGAGGACUCUCAGCACACCGACCGGAAAGUCCUGUCCUGUCUGCAUGAAAACCUUCGCCACCAAGGCCAACGUGCGGCGUCACUUCGACGAGGUGCACCGCGGCCUGCGGAGGGAUAACAUCACUCCCAACAUAGCAUCUCGCCCCGGACAGCCUCUCAAUCUGGAGGUCACCCCCCCCAGGAAGAGCAACAACUCCUCUCCGACUCGUAGCAGCAGCUCCAAGUCGACCCCUGUGACCUCUAAAACUCCGCCUCCCAGCCAAACCCAGUCCAAAGCUCCGAGCACGCCCCCCGCCUCGUCACAGACGGCCCCUUCCUCCAGCCGCUGCACGCUCUGCAAGAGGAACUACAGCUCUCAGCUCAUGUUGAAGAGACACAUGCGUAUCGUCCACAAAAUAUACAGCAUGAAAAACAAUCGCUCUGCCCCGCCGCCCGCCCCCCCCGCUCCGGCGGCCCCGCCUCCGAGCAGCAGCGCUAACUCCGCCACGAGCAACAACGUCAGGGUGAAAGAGGAAGCAGUAGAAGCCUCAGAUGAAGAGGAGGAGGAGGAGGAGGAAGAGGAGGAAGUGGACACCAGUCCGGCCCCGUCUCCUAGCGACAGCACCGCGGCAGCUAAAGGUGUCCCUGUGGCGAACAGCGCCAUGAAAGUGAAGGAGGAAGAGGCGCCGUCGAGCCCGAAGGUGGCGUCGUUAUCUUCGUCAUCCUCACGCAGCACCGGCACCUCCAAGACCCCCAAACUGUCGGUGGGCUUCGACUUCAAGCAGCUCUUCUGCAAACUGUGCAAGCGGCAGUUCAGCUCCCGGCAGAACCUCACGAAGCACAUCGAGCUGCACACGGACGGCAACGAGAUCUUCAUCAAGUUCUACCGCUGCCCGCUCUGCCGCUACGAGUCGCGCCGCAAACGGGACGUCCUGCGCCACGUGACGGUGGUCCACAAGAAGUCCUCGGCGUACCUGGGCAAGAUCAUGCCCAAACUGGAGAGCCGGGCGGUGAAGAGGCAGGCCGAAGUGGUCCUGAACAGCGGGACCCCCAACAAGAGGAUCGGCAGCAGCGGGGGCAAAGAGGAAGUGAACGGGCGCCCCCCUUCUUCCUCCCCCUCAUCCUCCCCUUCACCUCCCAUCACUCGCAAGCAGGAGGUCUCCACACCUGCAACAACCUCCUCCUCUUCAUCGUCUUCCUCCUCGCACCCCGCCCCCGUCACUCGCAAACAACAGGAAGUGUCAUCGCCGGCGUUAAGCCCCUCCCCUCCCCUCACCCGUAAGCAGGAGAGACAGCAGACCCACCAGCCUCGCCCCGUCAGCCCCCCGCUGACCCGCCGCAGUGAGAAACACUCACACCAACGCAGCUCCUACUCCAACAGCUCUCCCGGCAACCAGACGCCACACACCCGGCAACACGACAGCCAAUCAGAGUGCAGCGGCUCGUCGUCCUCCACCGAAGUCAGAGUGACCAAGAACUUCUCCCUGCACGCCUGCGACCAGUGCGGGCGAGCCUUCGCUAAGAAGCUGUACCUGGAGUCUCACAAGCGAAGCCAUCGUAACGCAGUGACGGCGGCGGCCAGCAGGAGGAAAGGAGUCAGCACCCGCUCCAAAUCCCUGGUCUGGUGAAACACUCGUCCGCAGGGAAAACGCCGCUAACAAUGAAGGAGCCAAUCAAAACUCUCAACGGGAAUAUAAUGGACGAAUGGAAGGAGCGCAAACCAACGGAAGGAGUGCAAAGGAUUUCCACCUUUUGCUCGAGAACCAAAUAUAAAGUUGGGAAUCUUGACAUUUAUUUAGUGAAGUUUCAUCAGCCGCACAAAGCCGCUGCUAUCCACAGAGACUGUAGCAGACAGAGGAUUCAUUAUGCUGUACAUAUCUGUAUUUACUGAAGCAGAGUCAUAUGCAGAUGGCUGAUUUCUACCGCUUUGCUCUCUGUAGCUGAAGGAUGGAGUGUGUGUGUGUGUGUGUGUGUGUGUGUGUGUGUGUGUGUGUGUGUGUGUGUGUGUGUGUGUGUGUGUGUGU